UUUUAUUUUGGCAGCCACUCACUUAUUUGGCCAUUCAUCUCUACUCGUCUGUGUGUCUGCCAUGGCAAUGCGCACUGCUCUCAAGAUCUUAACUAUCUCGUCUGUGCUUGUAGUUCUUGCUGCAGAUCAGGUCGAAGGGCGGCAUCAUUUGCCUGAUUGUCCUUCUUUCUCGUGUGGCCCUCUCAGAAAUGUGUCAUCUCCAUUUCGUCAGGCAAGUGAUCCACCUGGGUGUGGUUAUCCAUCUUACGAGCUAAUUUGCAGUGGUACGAAGGCUUCAAUUCACAUCGACGAUGCAACAUACUAUGUAUCUUCCAUCAACUACAGUAGUUCUUCCUUCUGGGUCGUCGAUGCCGACAUGGAUUUAUACAACAGCUGCCCUCUACCUCGGUGGAAUCGGCCUCCGUUCAGAUACCAGAACCACAUGGAAGUCGAAUUGGAACCCCUUUCAUAUAAUAAGGCUUGCUUUCUUACAUGCUCUCGGGAAGUAAAGGACAAUGGUAUGUACAUGCCUGUUGCUUGCCUUAGCACAAAUCAUACUUAUGUUUAUGUCUUAACUGGUUAUGGAUCUUAUUCAAUGGAGUAUCUCGAGCCUUCUUGUGGUUACUUGGCUAGAAUUCCUCGGCCUUGGGACAGUCCAGGGCCGCUAGAAAAUGCAAGUCAUGCAGAUGUUGUGAAAUCCAUGAGGAUUGGAUUUGCUGUUCGAUUCCCUUUCAGAUAUGACAUUGGCAUGAGUAGAACAACCAUCAAAGAGUGCCUAAUAAGCCAGUUUCGGUGAGUUUUGCCUGUAUAAGUGUCUUAUCCCAAAACCGUUAAGCCCCUCUUUCAUUCCUUCUAUGUCUCGUUGGAUGGUAUUGCAGCGACUUAUCGCAGGAUUGUAGUGAUGGCGUCAAGAGUUGUGUUCGGAAAAUUCUUUUGGUCGAUGGAGCUUUCUGGG